AUGCCGAGCCACUCCCGCAGUCGGGACCGGUUGAGUCCCAGCAGCGAGCUGGACGAUGCCGAUCCCGUUUACUCUCCCUCGGUGUACCAGAGGGAACAUUAUAAUAACAACGAUUCGUUAUUUGACUCCACUGAGGAAGACUACGCCCGUGCACCACGAAAUGUCUAUAGUUACGAGACCCAUGAUGAAUAUCACGAUGACGAUGAUGAUGAUGACGAUGAUGACAAUGUCCAUGAGGAUGACCACGACCGUGAAUACGAUGAUAAGUUUGGGGAGCCUUGGGUUCCGUUACGCGCUCAGGUCGAAGGUGAUCAGUGGAGAGAGGGAUUUGAGACUGCCAUUCCCAAGGAAGAGGAUGUUACUCAAGCGAAAGAGUAUCAGUACCAAAUGAGCGGGGCGCUUGGUGAUGAUGGACCUCCAUUGCCAUCCGGGUCUCUGGGUAAGGGAAAGGGAAAGAAGCGAUUGGAUCGAGAGACGCGACGGCAGAGGAGGAAAGAGAGGCUUGCGGCGUUCUUCAAACAUAAGAACGGAGAUGCAUCGGCGGGAUUGGUCAGUGGGGAUGCCCUGGCAAAGCUGCUUGGGUCACAGGAUGGCGAUGAGGAUUGCUUGAGUCAUCUGGGCAGUGAGCGUGCGGACUCAAUGUCACAAAAGAAUUUGGAGGGUGGUAGGCAAAGGAAACUUCCGGUUCUGAGUGAGGAGCCAAUGAUGCUUCGGCCGUUUCCUGCGGUAGCGCCGACGGGACAGACGCAGGGUAGGGUGGUGUCUGGGGCGCAGUUGGAACAGGGAGGCCCCGGUAUCGAGAUGCGACAUCGUGGUGGAGGUGGGCCGCCUACAGAGGCGUUGCUCCAGAAAGAGGGUGACUGGGAUGGCAGCACGAAAGGUUCUUCUGCCUCUGCGAGGCCGUCGUUCUGGAAGCGAUAUCACAAAACAUUCAUCUUCUUUGCAAUAUUAAUCGUCAUGGCAGCUAUAGCGAUCCCUGUGGGAAUCAUCGAGGCAAGAAGGCUUCAUGGAACGAAUGGAGGCGACAAUACUUCGAAUUCUAAUCUGAAAGGGAUUAGUCGUGAUAGCAUUCCGGCCUAUGCUAGAGGGACGUACCUCGAUCCAUUUACAUGGUACGAUACCACUGAUUUCAAUGUGACCUUUACAAAUGCCACCGUUGGCGGUUUGUCUAUUAUGGGUCUGAACUCGACGUGGAACGAUUCAGCCCAAGCGAACGAGAAUGUGCCACCUCUGGACGAGAAGUUUCCGUACGGGUCGCAACCUAUCCGCGGUGUCAACCUUGGAGGCUGGUUGUCGAUCGAGCCCUUCAUUGUCCCUUCGCUUUUCGAUACCUACACUUCAAGCGAAGGAAUACUCGACGAGUGGACGCUAUCCAAGAAACUCGGCGACUCGGCUGCCUCAGUCAUCGAAAAGCACUAUGCCACAUUCAUCACCGAGCAAGACUUUGCUGACAUCAGAGAUGCCGGUCUCGAUCACGUUCGGAUCCAGUUUUCAUACUGGGCCAUCAAGACAUACGAUGGCGAUCCGUAUGUCCCAAAAAUCGCAUGGCGCUACCUCCUCAGAGCCAUUGAAUACUGCCGCAAAUACGGCCUCCGAGUCAACCUCGAUCCCCACGGAAUCCCAGGGAGUCAAAACGGCUGGAACCACAGCGGUCGACAAGGUACGAUCGGCUGGUUGAAUGGCACCGACGGGGAACUAAACCGACAACGAUCUCUCGAGAUGCAUGACCAACUCUCGCAGUUCUUCGCACAGGACCGAUACAAGAACGUCGUGACGAUUUACGGCCUCGUAAACGAGCCGCUCAUGCUUUCCCUGCCUGUCGAGAAAGUUCUCAACUGGACAGUAGAAGCCACCAACUUGGUGCAGAAGAAUGGUAUUAAAGCUUGGGUCACCGCCCAUGACGGCUUCCUCAACCUAGCGAAAUGGGAUAAGAUGCUCAAAACUCGACCGAACAAUAUGAUGCUUGAUACCCACCAAUAUACCGUCUUCAACACGGGCGAGAUUGUCCUCAACCACACCAGAAGAGUGGAGCUCAUCUGCGAAAGCUGGUACUCCAUGAUCCAGCAGAUCAACAUUACCAGCACGGGAUGGGGCCCAACCAUUUGCGGUGAAUGGUCCCAAGCCGACACCGACUGUGCUCAAUACGUUAACAAUGUCGGCCGCGGUACUCGUUGGGAAGGUACCUUCUCUCUUACCGACUCGACUCAAUACUGUCCCACAGCGAGUGAGGGGACCUGCAGCUGCACGCAAGCGAACGCUGUCCCCGGCGUCUACUCGGAAGGAUACAAAACGUUCCUCCAAACCUACGCCGAAGCACAGAUGUCGGCUUUUGAAACCGCCAUGGGGUGGUUCUACUGGACCUGGGCAACGGAGUCUGCAGCACAGUGGAGCUAUCGGACGGCGUGGAAGAACGGCUAUAUGCCGAAGAAGGCCUAUAGCCCGGCCUUUAAGUGCGGGGAUGCCAUCCCUAGUUUUGGCAAUCUGCCGGAAUAUUAUUGA